AUGGGUGUUUGUCUCUCUUAUCUUCCCUCGACCUCAAAAACAGAUCUUCACAGCAACGCUACUACGAACAAUCACACUAAUGGAACAAAGUUCUCGUCGACGACGGCGACAACAAGCAGCAGCGUCGGAAGACGGAGCCAAUUCUCCGAGGCGGCGAGCGAGAGUUCCGGUGGGACUAUGAGUCAUUCCGGUUUGUUAUUGGAAUCGCCGAAUCUUAAAGAUUAUAGCUUUAUGGAUCUAAAGACGGCGACCAAGAAUUUCAAACCGGAUUCGAUGUUGGGUCAAGGAGGAUUUGGGAAAGUUUAUAGAGGUUGGAUCGAUGCCAAGACUCUUGCUCCUUCUAAAGCUGGUUCCGGUAUGAUGGUAGCCGUUAAAAGAUUGAAUUCCGAUAGCUUUCAAGGAUUUGCAGAGUGGCGAUCAGAAGUGAACUUCUUGGGGAUGCUUUCACACCCAAAUCUGGUGAAGUUAUUAGGAUAUUGUCGUGAAGACAAGGAGCUUUUGCUUGUCUACGAGUUCAUGCCUAAAGGAAGUCUUGAGAUUCAUCUUUUUCGACGAAACGACCCUUUUCCUUGGGACUUAAGGAUCAAGAUUGUGAUUGGUGCAGCUCGUGGCCUUGCGUAUCUACACGGCUCGCAAAGAGAAGUCAUCUAUAGAGACUUCAAAGCCUCCAAUAUACUUCUCGACUCGAACUAUGACGCAAAGAUUUCAGAUUUCGGGUUAGCAAAGCUAGGACCAUCGCAAGAGAAGUCACACGUUACGACUAGGGUCAUGGGCACACAAGGGUACGCUGCGCCCGAAUAUAUGGCAACAGGCCAUUUAUACGUUAAGAGUGACGUAUAUGCCUUCGGUGUGGUUUUACUAGAAGUAAUGACCGGACUAAGAGCGCACGAUCCAAGACGGCCCAAUGGGCAAGAGAGCCUAGUCGACUGGUUAAGACCAGAACUCUCAAGCAAACACAAAGUGAAACGUAUAAUGGACCAAGGAAUCAAAGGUCAAUACACAUCCAAAGUCGCUACCGAAAUGGCACGUAUUACACUAUCUUGUAUCGAGCCAGAGCCGAAAAACCGACCGCACAUGAAGGAUGUAGUCGACGUCCUUGAACACAUCAGACGGAUUAACGUAGUCCCGGACACCAAAUCGGCCGUUGCUAGCUCUUCUCGGUCCUCACCACAUCAUUAUCAGUAUCGAGCUGGUGCGGCCGGGAAUGGACGGAGGAGGGCGUCGCCUGGACGGUUUGGAGUAGGGAAUGAAAUGGUUGCUUGA